CUUGUCUCUCACAUGUUCCCCACGCGGCCCGCUUCCCUUGAGCAAGCAAUCAAUGCCCCCCUCCCCUCCUCCGCCUCCUCCCUCUCCUCUCUGCUCUCCUCUCCCUGUACAUCGCCCAAGACCGGAAAACCUGGUUUUGCUUCGCAAAGACCACUCAACAAAACUCAGACACUCGCUCUCAUUCGCAAUCACUCUCUCCCGCCCAUGGCCGACCGGAUGUUCUGGCAUUCGGUUCAAUAAGCGUAGACCUGAGAAGAAAGGAACAGGGAAAAACUUUGGUAGUCCGUCCUUCCGCUGGAUCUACUGGCCGAACGAACCCGUUGAUACCUUCUCCCUUCCCCCCCAGCAACCAAUAUACAGCCGGAAGGUCAAUUCAAUGGGCUAACCGUGGUUUGUCCGAUUGCUGGCCAGCGGAGCUUACCAAUAUAGUUUCCUGCCCGCUCUCAAACCCGCUCACUCAAGGUCUCCACUACGGACGACACUACAAUUCAGCGACUGGGC